AUGAAUCAAGAUCUAAGUAAUAUGAUAAUAGAAACACCAAAUCUAAAUCCACACAAUACAUUACCACAAUCAGUACGCUUUAUUGUUUCAUAUUCUAUUCCAAGUUCGGAGAAAGACGGAUUAUUUAUUGUCGGACAAAGAUUAUUCGUAAAUCAACCAUUAAGCAAAACUACAACAGAAAUUAUCAAGGAAAUAAGAAACAUAUUCCCUCAAGAAAUGGAGAAUUACGUUUUAUUAUUAAAAUAUAAUAAUAUUUUAUUUGAAGAUACAACACUUGCAGAUAUGGAAAUUAAAAAUGAUGCUGUUAUAGAGCUUGAAUGCUUAGAGAAAAACAAACAAGUCACACAUAAUGAAGGAUUUUUCUAUCUUUACUGGUCAAUGCUUCCCAUGAUGUUCGCAAUCUCAUUUGGAUUAAGUGGAUUAAUGGGAAAGUUUGAUUUCAUUUACAAAGCAUCAUAUGUUCUUGCCAGUUUCUUAAUUGGCAUUCCUUCGCUGAUAUUUAUGUUUUUAGGUUCAUCAGAGCUCUUCCCUGUAGUUACAAGGACAUCAAUUGUUGGAAGAUACUGGUUUUGCCAGGAUAAUCCAUGUGAUUGCAGCUGCUCCUGCUGCCAUCGACGCACGUUUUCGGAAAUCGAAACACCUCUUGAGGGUUUUGAUUCUAUCUAA